AUGACGAUAGUGGCCACGGCGAUGCUUGGGAAGGCUCCAGUCGGCGGCGGUAAUGGUGACCGAGAUCGAUCCUUUUUAAAGGACGUAUCCAAGAUGAGCAAUCCAUGUGAAUGCUGCCAUACCAAGCUGAAGUUCAUAAGACAGAUCAAUGGAAACUUCAUGCAUAGCAUGGUCAUACCCGAGUGGUUUGUGAAGUACUUUGGAGGAAAGAUCCCGGGAACCAUAAAACUAGAAGCCGCUAAUGGUAACAUAUAUGAUGUUGCAGUUACUGAGAGUAUGAACAGGAAAAUCCUCCAGUCUGGAUGGGCGGUAUUUGUUGAUGCCAAUAAAAUUGAAGAGAAUUAUUCCUUGAUGUUUCGAUACCUUGGAAAUUCCCGCUUUAAGGUUACAAUAUUUGAUUCCAACGGUAAGGAGAAAUCGUUGUGCGGUGCUGGGAUGAAAACUGCCUCUGAUGUUAAAAGAACGAACAAUCGCUAUGUUGAUAAUUCGAGCGAAUCUCGUGAUGGUACUACCAAGUCAUCAUCAGCUGAAGGAUCAGAUUCAGAUGGAUGCCCAAAGGAAAGCUCAUGCCAUUAUUGUGAAUCAGAAAAGACAGCUGGGUUAUCUUAUACUUCUGAGGCAUUUUCGGAAGACAAUCCAUCUUUAGAUGAGUCUCUGGAGAUGGACGAUCUUCAGAUGCUCUCAAAGGAUUAUGUCUUAUCAAGGCAAUGUGAUCUUACAAUAGAACAGGAAGGAAAAAUACAUGCACUCAUCGCUCAAAUUCAACCUAAAAUUCCGGUGCUUGUUGUACUGAUGAAGAAGACCAAUGUGGAACCGUCUAAUCUUCUGGUCAUACGUAAGGACUAUGCACUUGCGUGCUUUCCACGGGAAAGCCAAACUAUCACACUCCACGUUGCUACAAAGAGCAACGAUUGGCAGUGCAAUUUGCACAUCCGGCGUGAUGGUGGGUGCAACCUACGUUGGGGCAAGUUUGUCCGUGACAAUAGUGUUCAAGAAGGAGAUCUCUGCCUCUUUCAACCAUUAACAGAUGUUAAGGAAAGUAGAUUCACAGUAGCAGUCCAUCUGCUUCACAGAGCGAACAUUGGUCAUUCCCCUAGUGGUUCAAACCACAGAAGGAGAAGCACAAAGAUAUCCUCGACAGCCUGUGUUAAGGAGGGACCAUCCACCGAUGAUGAAGACCAUGGAUCUUAUGACAUUUCUAAAGGAACUUCAGAGCCCCCCUUCAUGCUACAAGGCAAAACACGUCUAACACAAGCGCAGGAGAAGAAAGUAUUAGAGAAAGUCAGUGCCAUUGAGUCGGAACUGCCAAUUUACGUUGUGCUCAUGAACAAGAGGAGCAUUUGUCGCCCCUAUAGGAGCCCCUACCUAUCCUUUGCCAUGCGGUAUGUGUCAAGGUAUCUUGAGAAGAAUUACGCUGCUGGGCAUCGUGCAAAGAGUGUGAUCAGUUUGGUGCUUCAACGGGACGGUAAGAGCAGGACGUGGGACACAGAGUUGCGAUACAGGGGUGCUUGCAUGAUGAUCAGUAAAGGAUGGGCCUCUUUCGCCCGCAUGAACAGCCUACGGAAGGACGAUCUCUGUCUCUUCAAGGUGAUGGAGAACGAGGAGCCGCUGAAGAUGAUGGUCUAUAUCAUUCGUCGUGAGAACUGUGUAGCUUGAGGCGUGGUUGCCCCCCUUGCUACACUGAUUAUCUAGAAUCUGGAAGUGAAAAACUAGGGUGCUUAUAAGGAGUUGCAUAGGAAGAAAUUUGUCCCUGCAUGUUAACUAGAGUAACUUUGGAUAAUCAAGUUUGAACAGCUUAUCUGCUUUCUGUGCUUUCUGUCCUUGGAACACAUUUCAGUAGUUAUCUCUAUCAGAACUUUGUU